AUCAUUUCGAUUUCAUCUCUUUCAUCAAGAUCAAGCGAAGCGCUGGCCAUGGCUACUAGUUGGGGAAUAAUAUCUGCUGGUAAAAUCAGCAGUGAUUUUGUUACCGCCAUGAAGAGUCUUCCUUCAGAAGAUCACACUAUUAUUGGUGUUGCUGCCCGUGACAAAGUAAGAGCAGAACAGUUUGCAAAACAGCACAAAAUACCUCUCGCUUUUGGAUCUUACCAAGAACUCCUGGAUAAUUCUGACAUAGAGGUUGUGUACAUCGGAGUUUUGCAUCCAUAUCAUUUUGAAGUAGCUAAAAUGAGUCUGGAACACGGCAAAUCUGUUUUGUGUGAAAAACCGCUUUGUAUGAACUUGAAAGAAACCAAACUACUUGUAGAGGUAGCCAAGAAGAAAAAGCUGUUUCUGAUGGAGGCUGUAUGGAGUAGAUGUUUACCAGCUUAUGGAUAUUUGAGACAGUUACUUCUCGACAAAUCAAUAGGUGAUCCCCUCUUUGUGGACGUCUCAUUUGGAGCCAAGAUUGAUGUUGACAGAAUAUGGAAGAAGGAGCUCGGUGGAGGCACAGUGCUAGAUCUAGGCAUAUACACACUACAGAUGGCAAUGCUAGUGUUUGGAGGUCAGCCGUCGUCUGUUGUUGCGGCAGGUCAUCUCAACACGGAAGGGGUGGAUGUAGACUCUGUCACUGUGUUGACUUACCCCGGAGGAGGAACAGCUGUUUGCUCCACCCACAGCAAAGUGCAACUACCUAACACUGCUCACAUUGUGGGGACCAAAGGAACCAUCACUAUCCACUCACCCUUCUGGUCGGCAACCAAGAUCACGUAUUCUCCACAGAAGGGGAAAACAGAAGAAAAGGAAUUUUCUCUGCCAGAAAGUAAAGGCUCGUUCAAUUUUGUCAACAGCGUUGGUCUUAGUUACGAAGCAGCAGAGGUGCGAAGAUGUCUCAGAGAAGGACUAAAGGAGAGCCCAUUGGUAACCCAUGAAGACAGUCUUACACUAGCAAGACUUGAAGAUGAAGUGAGGAGACAGUUAAAAGUAUUCUAUUCUCAAGAUGACUGAUAAGAUAAAAUAUUCGUAGAGUUUUUGGAAGGCUUUUAGUUUCAACAAAACUUUGUAAGAAGUUCACGGUUCUAAAAUAAAUUUAAUUUGUGGCUGAACAUCAAAGGUACAAAAACAUUAAAAGAUUUUUGUUAACAAUACAAAAAAGACACCGAUUAGUAAUAAUUUUGUUAAGUACAGGGUGUUUAAAAAAUUACUUUACAACUUUUAAAAUUCAUAUAAAAUAAGUUAAACAAGGCACAGAGCUGGUUUUGGUGUUGUUUUAAAGGGAGGGAAACACAUCAAGUUUUGACCCCCGUAAUUCACCAGUGCCUAAUAAUGCCGCAUAAGCCACACAAGCGCUGGCGGCAGUUACGUUGAAAAUGGAUAUGUUAACUGAACCAGAGUGUGCUAGCUGUGUGUUUUGGUUUGAAGAAUCGAAGUCGGCGACAACAGUUAAGCGUAAUUUUCUGACCAAAUACGUUAAAGAUCCUUCUUGGGGCAGUGAAAAUCAAAAUGAAACAUUGCAGCAUGUUUGUGAUAGCCCUGAAAUGAAAGUUUUUUGUGCGUUGAGCAAGUGGGAAAUGUACACUACUCUUUUCCAAGAGAGAACCAUAAGCGGGAUAGUGUACCUUGAUACGAUGCAACAAUUUUUGAUGUCAAAGAUCAAUGAUGACGACCGAGAACAAAAUGUUUACUGCAUGCAAGAUGGCGCACCACCACACUAUCUGACACGUCCGGGAUUUUCUCAAUGACCACUUUCCAGAUCAAUGGCCAUGAUGCGCC